GUCGAUAGUUAUUAGUUAAGAACUUGAUUAGAUGUGAAAUUGGAUCAUUGAUUGUGGCGUAACACCUACGGUGAGGACUCUCGUAUUGGAUCCUAAUUACGUCUCUGCACCUUUGCUUUGCUCUUCAGCAUAUAUGGCGGAUGAUUAUUGGAAUCGGCAGCAGCCUUUGCUUCCUUCUCCAGCCAUGCUUAAACGACCUCGUACUGAUUAUGAACUUCCAGCCUCUGGAUUGUCUACCGGACAUGAUAUGCACAAUUAUUUAACAAGUGAUGAUCGUGGUGGUCCUCGUCUAAAAGAUACACAAACAAUUGGUUCGGCAUAUGAUCGUUAUCUCCAGAGUGUGCAACUUUCUUCUUUUACUUCCGGAGAAGUACCUACCCAUGGAGAAAUGGGCAUGGGAAGGCCUGUUGCAAACAGAAUGCCAGUUGGGAACAGAAUGCCUGGGCCAUUAUUACCUGAUCCUAUUGUAAUGAGUCGUCCUCCUGCUGCAGUUUCUCCUGAUCUUGCACCCAAUGGUCGAAAUCUUGAGUAUGGUAAUCAUCUUCCUGUAGAUUCGAUGAGCAGACCUGGACGUGAAACUGUCCCUCUUCCUCCUGAUGCCUCCAACACUUUAUAUGUUGAAGGACUUCCUCCAGAUAGUUCCCGGCGGGAAGUAGCUCAUAUUUUCCGCCCCUUUGUGGGAUAUAAAGAAUUAAGACUUGUGAGCAAAGAAUCUAAACAUCGUGGUGGGGACCCCCUAAUAUUAUGUUUUGUGGAUUUUGCAAACCCAGCCUGUGCAGCAACUGCCAUGAGUGCAUUGCAAGGUUAUAAAAUGGAUGAACAAGAUCCCGAAUCUAAUUAUUUGCGACUACAGUUCUCACGACAUCCAGCGAGGUCAGGUUCUGGAUCUGGCGGCAAAAGGUGAAUAAGCUAUAGAGACAGGACGACCAAUUUAAAUGGAGAUGUGUUUUCUUCUAGUGCACAUUUUACUAGCUGCUUAUGCAUGGAUUAUAUGUUAGACAUGCUGUUGUUAAGAUAGCCAAAUUGUAGCCGACCCCAUUGAAUAUUAAAGUUGCUUGUAAAUUAAGGGGAUUAGAUUCAAAGUGUUUCAAUAGUCAUAUGUGCAAUUGAAUUUUGAUGUACAAUUAUGCCAGUGCUUCAGAAUUCAAAGAUAUAUGUGAUACAAUUUUCAUAAA